AUGGGAUUAAGAGGUCAGGGGUCAGGGGAUCGUGGAGAGAAUGAGGCAAUCAGUGAGUCAGUGAGUCAAGGAAACAGUGAGCAAGUGUACAACUUCCUGCCGAGCAUCAGCGCCGUGACAGGAGUGUCGCCGCAGCGGUACUUGUGGCGCGUUGCCGUCGCCCUGCACAUCUCCCCCCGUCUCCUGGUGGCGUGGGUGGCACGGGCGUACUACAACUCCCUCGCCGCCCACGUGCCUGCCGCGCGCCGCCCCGCCUACCUGACGCUGGUGGCCGCAUCCUUCUACCUCAACCUGACGGAGUUGGCGACGCUGUGCGGGGUCACGUAUAUCUCUAACAAGGAGAAUUAUCCUGUUCACGAAAAGCUGUUCACGCUGUUCAUGCUGGUGUCGCUGGUGUACAUGCUGUGCGUGAUCCGGGUGCUGCGUGCGGUCAAGGAGCAGCUGUCCCCGCGCCUGCUAAGGUCCUUCGCGCAGAAAAAGUGGCUGUUUGGGGUGAAACUCACUUCUACAGGCGGGUUACUCUUCUUCUUCUGGAGACACCGGGUCUAUUGCCAGCCCAUGGCGUUCAGCUGGUUCUCCCUGUGCGAGUACGUGAUCGCCACCUGCAACAUGCUGUACCACGUGAGCGUCGCCCUCGACUUCUCCGAGGAGCACCUCAUCGUGGGCCACAUCAUCUCCUCGACGGCCGCCCUCGCCUCGUCCGCCUCCACCAACUCCAUCUCCACCGCGGCCUCCUCCUCGCACCGCCACUCCGUCUCCACCUGCGAGUCGCUGGCCACGUGCGAGGGCGGCGCCACGCCCACGUCGCCCCCCACCAGGAACGGGCGGCUGGACGAGGCGCUCGCGGCCGAGGGCUCGCUCCCGGCGACGCCGCAGGCCCUGCCGCAGCCUGUGGGCGUCGGCCCGCCCGCGGGGAAGGCCGGCCGCGGCGAAGGCCGAAAGCCCCGCGGCGGAGGUGCCCUCGUGCGGCGCGGGCGGCGCGGGCCUGGGGGCGGCGGAGGAGGAGGCGCCGCCGGCUGUGGUGCACCAAGUCCUCAACACCAUCCACGAGGGCGCCGAGCCGCCGGCGCAGCGCGUGAACGGGCCGGCAGAGUCGCCCGCGGCCGCGCUGGUGCAGCGAAGACCAGCCCAGAACAGCGCAAGUCAGCCCACGCCCGCACAGGGCGCCCCCGCCGCCUCUGCACCCCACGCCCACAGCGAGUGAGGCGGGGACUUGGAGACUCCGCCCAUCUGCCCGGAGAGUGUAAGCGAGGGCGCCUGCACGCCGCCCGUCGCCUCGGUGGAGGCCGCCCCGCGCACGAAGGAGCCGGAGACGUUUCCGCGCCAGGCCUCCCGCAGGAGGCCCGGGCCUUGGCGGCAGCGAGCGAGGGGCGCGGGACGCCGCCCUCGAGCCCUCGCCGCCGGCGGCGCACGCAGGACGCCUCGGGCUCUCGGCGUGUCCCUGAGAGCUCCCUGCCGAGGAGUCCGGCGGGAGGGCGCCUCGCCGAAGGGGCGCGACGAGGGGCCGACGGCGGGGGCGAGGGACGGCUCGGUCGGCCGGGCGUCGGCCUCGCGGGCGCGGCUUCGCUCCUGCCUUCGCCCGGAGGCCCCGUCGUAGCUAAGCUGAGAUUGUAUAAUAUGCCGCAGGUUUCUUUAAGAUGCAACAGUAUGAGCGCACUUCCUCGGGGUUCUGGCAUCACUGUUCUCAUCCCUAAGAGGGUUGAAGCCCUCGCUGGUAAGACUGUGGGCUUAGCGUUCCUGUGUGUUGGUUUCUAUCAGGUUAUUCAGAAAUACGUGUUUAUUGAAUGUUCAUUACUUAAAUAUGCCUUGCGAAUUGCCCUUAACUCAGCGGAAUGCAGUGGCGUGUUCCAGUUGCAGAAUUGCGUCGAAGACUGGUCGUGUCCCAUCGUAAGGGACCGACGAAAUGUUUCUAAACAUGAGUAUUUUUAUGCUCGUGUACUGGUGACAUAUCGUGAAUGUUCUCCUGUUUCUCUGGAUUUGAACAGAAGGAUCGUAUUAAGACCUGCGACUCCAUAUGGCAUUUUAGCCCGUGAGUCGCUUUCCGCAAGUGAUGUCACUCUGUUUGCACGUGAUCAUCCUCUCCCUUCCUAUUUCCUAGGACGACGCAACCCCUUUGCUGAUAUCCUGCACAGUCCGGGAAUGGGCGUAGGGCUAUCUUUAGCUCAUAGGCUGUACCACGACAAUCUAAACACGGGUUUGAGCAUCUAUGAAGUGCCUACAAAUCCCAUGAGAUGCCAUUUAACUGUCAUAAAAAAGGUGCCCAUGAUUGAGAAGUGGCACAGAAAGAGUUUAUCUCCUGAGGGAGACUCUGACCAAGGUACUCAGGUUGAGGAGUCACUCUGGCCGCAUUUCUUGAACUUCUUCGUUGCUCUGUUGUCCAGUCUCCCCUCGCUGAACACUGGGAUAAGGAUGAUUGUGAUAACGCCACUGAUAACAGGCGUCUCUGGUCUGAUGUUGGGUAGCACGUGUGCGGCAUCGGAACCCUGGCCAUUAUACUUGGGUGAAGAAGGCGUUGUCUUGCACGACAGUAAUCGUUCAACAGGUCGACGGCACAAGCAACGCUGCCUGUGCCACCUCUGA